AUGCCGACUGUAGCAGUCAUUGGAACUUGCGAUACCAAGUUUGACGAACUGCGGUUCUUGCGCGAUCGAGUGCAGGACAAUGAGUCCGUCAAGGCCAUCAUGAUUGACGUUGGCUGGCGAGCGACAGAAAAUAGCGACAUUACCAUAUCGCAGCCGGAUCUCAUCUCAAAAUAUGGCAAAGGGAAAGAUGUCUCGUCACUUGAUCGAGGCCAAUUCAUCGACUUCAUCUCCAAAUGCGCGGCCAAGGCCGUCAAGGACCUCUACGAAAACCAGGAAAUCGAUGGAGUCGUGUCGGCUGGUGGUUCGGGCGGCACCUCGCUGGUCUCGUCCAUCCUGAAGGAUGUGCUGCCCAUUGGCUUCCCGAAGCUGAUUGUUUCCACCAUUGCAAGUGGUGAUACGGAGCCAAUCAUCGGCGAGACAGACAUUGCACUCAUGUACUCGGUCGUCGACGUUGCAGGCUUGAACCACGUCUUAAAGGGAAUCUUGGGCAAUGCCGGUGCAUCCAUUAGCGCAGCGGCUGUAUCAUAUUCGGCAAGAAGAGCUUCGGCGCCGAAAUCAAACUCUGAAGCGUCGCCAGAGAAGAAACGCGUGGGCAUCACCAUGUUUGGUGUUACAACGCCCGGUGUAGAUGCAAUCCGCUCCCAUCUCGAAAGCAACUAUCCGAUUGAGACCUAUGUCUUUCAUGCCACUGGCCGUGGAGGGAAAGCCAUGGAAAGGUUGAUUCGAGAGGGCACGCUGGAUGCCGUGAUUGACCUCACAACCACCGAGAUUGCAGACUACAUUGUUGGGGGCGUAAUGCCAGCUAGCGAAGAUCGGCUCGACGCUGCCGUCCAAAAAGGCAUCCCAAAUAUCGUCUCCCUCGGCGCGACAGACAUGAUCAAUUUUGGUGCGCGAGACACCGUCCCCGAAGCAUUCAAGGACCGCACCAUAGUCGAGCACAACUCGCUCGUGACACUGGUGCGCACAUCACCCGAGGACUGCACCAAGAUUGGCAAGUUCAUCGCCGACAAGUUGCGAAAGACAAGUGCGCCAGAGAAAACGCAAGUCUGGAUCCCCAAGGGCGGCGUGAGUAUGCUAGCCGUCCAGGGGCAGCCCUUUGCCGAUGCAGCAGCUGACGCUGCGCUGUUUGACGCGGUGCGGCAGGGGUUGAAGGAUACAGGCAUCGAGAUCACGGAGGAUGAGAGACAUGUUAAUGAUGAGGGCAUGGCCAAGGAUAUUUCCGUGUCACUGGCAAGAAUGCUAGGCCUGGAGUAG